AUGCCUCAAGCUGAGGUGAGUACGGACAGCGACGCUGGUGAUGCGCUGCCCGGUGAGGAGAGUCUCCCCAGCGGUGCGCAGCGAGCGAACGUAGCCUCUGCCGCACGCCUAGCGCGCUAUGAGAUGGAGGAGGUAUCCCCAAACGCGGAGGAGUUGGUACCUCCUCCGGCGCUGUCCACGGCUUGCGACUCGUGCGAAUCGGGUCUGUCGACCGUUCUAUGCUCCUUGCGUGAGGCCGUGGAGCAACAACCCGUCGUGCAGGAGCUAAGCGGACCUGACGGUGUGGAUGGAAAUGACUCAGCAAGCGCCCACUGGCCACUAGCCGCAUUGAGCGCGCCACCUGAUGCAUUCGGCGAUGUGUUCACAGAAAACGACUCCGCCACUGCGGAGUCUCACCGCCCCGUUUGCAACGAUCUAGUGACCACGAGCCACAUAUCCCUCGCCGCACUAUCCACCUGCACUGAGGUGCAGGUGCUUCCCCCACUAGAGCCAACGGUGGCGCCGGGGAAUGCCAGUGUAUUACCAGUGUCGGAGGCGACAGGUAAGACGGCAAGCCCUGACGCUCACCCUAUCGCAGCGCGAUAUCCAGCGAUGGAUAGCGGCGCAACUGGUAAUGCAUCGCAGCAGCAGCAGCAACACCGAGACUCCUUUGCCCUCGUGCCCGAGAGCUCAGCACAGCCGCGACAAAGUGGGCAGAUAAAAUCAUCACUCGCGACUACUGGUACCUCUCUCCCCACCAACGACACUGCGAAGCGAAGCACUUUUUUGGAGGGCCAACUCGAAGAUGCACGACACCGCCUCGACGACGCGCUGCGAGAGGCGUUGCGGUCGUACAACGCGGAGGUGAAGGCCAUCAGGUACUCAACGGCUCUUCCUCUCACGGACGACACGGUGGCGAACAAGUGUGUACCCCUACGCGCUGUUCUGCAGCCUAUACCUUUCUCGGCACGAGCCGCGGGUGCGUAUGCUCCUGGUGCUGCAGCGGAGCUGGGCACACCGACGGAGCUAGUUCUCUGGAUGCUGAGUGAGGAAGGGGGCAUCAAAGGUGCCGAGACACACAGUUGCUCUUCCCCUUCUCCCACGGCAGCCGUGUCUGGUGGGGCUGAGCCAGAGGAACGUGCCGCCUUCUCUGCUGCUGCCGCGCUCCAUCGCGUGAGUGCUGAUAGGGAAGUUCUGUCAAUCAUGACCAGCACCGACACAUCGACGCGCACAACAGUGCGCUCCACAGCCGCACCGGUGGUCGCCCUGUGCUGCUGUUCUACGCUGUCUUCAGCCGCCACGCUCGAGGGCGAAGGGUGCGCCGGCACAGCGGCACUUAGCGCUCUGACCCCAAGAGGGGCGGUAGAGUGUCGUUUGAUCAGAGACGACGAGGACGAAGAGGGUGAUGGCGUCAGCUGCGAAAGCGUUGGCCGAUUGACGACCGGCACUCAGCACCUCUCCACGCACGUCGAGAUGAGCAAUGCAAGCAAGGCUCCGAGGGGCCCUACUCUUGCUUCGGACGACAAGGUCGCAGCUGAAGGGCGUAGUGACAACAUGGGCGAUUAUCUCUGGGUGGCUCAAGACUCCCCACUGAUUGCGCAGCAAAGCCCAUUCGCAGAUCCCGCUGCUGCCAACGUCAAUACAAUAGAGAAUGUGCCGAGCAGCGACGAGUGGUGGGCGGAGUACGGCAUCGAAGCGCUGGAAUACACUCAGAACAGUCCCGACAGCGGUGCCGGCGGAUGGGCUGCCUCGCCCGGCGUCAACGCAGCGCAUCCUCGUACCACCUCCAAUGGUGGCGGUGGGUUACCGACUCGAGAAGUCGACACCCCGUCACCCGCACCGGUGGAGGUAAUUGAGCUUCACUCCGGUACCGAUUCGGUGGAUGCCGACUCACGCGGCAGCGACGACGAGCGCGAUGCGCGCACUCGCUCCCCAGAGGCAUCUUCUGAUCUCCGCUCACGAGCGGCCCCCUCGCUGCCGCUGCCACCCUUGUCGCCGCCGCGCGAUAGGUUCGGCGAGGGGCUCACGGUCUCUUCGACCACUGCGUCUGCGGCGCCGAUGCGCUCAUCGCUGCAACCGUUUUUGGACAGCCGUCUGCAUCCUGAUGCGUGGCCGCGCAUGACGAACGCCGAACUGCGCCAGCUCUGCGGCGAGUUCGGUUUGCUGGUUCUGCCGCCGACUAGCGGGGAUGCCACAGCACGUGAACAGGCAAGCAUUCCACAGCGGCGCGCUGUCUUGCUGGAGCGCGAGUCGCUGUUGGAGGCGCUGCGGCUGCUUGCCACACGCCUCCGUUUCCGCCACACUGUUGCACCAUUUUUUCUGCACCGCGUAACGCGGCUGAGCGGACUACCCUACAAGCGCAUGCGCGUCGCCAACUUCGUGGACGAAGGCACAGUGCUCACCCGCGAUGACCUCAGGCAGGCGCGACUCCGCUACAAGGCCGAGGAACAAGAAGAGGUUGAUCGUUGCAUUGUGUCCGCACUCGUGGCGGAGGCUGCCGAGGCAGUAGAGCAGUACGCACAGAGCGUUGCGUCUCGAUCGACGACGCUGCCCAUGUUUGCGGCCGAAGGCAGUAACAGAACCCAUAUGAAAGUGACCGCAACCCUCAGUGCACUUGCGUCUCUCCCAAGUGGCGAGGUGCGUUGCUGCUACGACCAGAUCCUUCUACGAGAGCCAGUGAGCAUCGAUGCCUCCGCGGCUGUCGUCCAGAGCUCCUUCCCGCACAUCUCGCAUACCCGUGUGCAGCAGCUGCUAGCGGCAAAUGAGGUGAUUGCAGAUGCUGUCGUCACAGCUUCGUACCGCUCGCCUUCGCCGUUGCCGUCUUCGCCGCUCACCGAGGUAGCCACACCAGUGCAGCUCGAAGCGGGACAGGCAAUCGCAGUGCCUCAACCCUCAGGUGAGUUGACCGGGGACACAUCGCCUUCGAUAAACCAGACGGACGGCGGCGGCGCAGUGCAAGCCACGGCCACUACGACGCCUCUCUCGCAAGAAGAACGGAAGCGCGCGAAUGCACGGCGCUACUUUGCACAGCGAGGUUACAUAACUCGCCGGCAACGUGGUGACUAG